AUGGAUACCACUGGAGUAAAGUUCCAUCACAACAUCGAGUCAGGUGACUGCAGCGUAUGCGCGGUCGGGGAUAGCAAGAAGGGCAGUCACCCUCCAUCUGAUCACCCCCACUCUGAAACCCGGCUAGAGAUUACAUGCGCCGACGUGUGGGGGAAGCACCCCAUCAAGUCGUUAGGGGGCUGCCAGAGUACCGUGAUGUUCACUGACGUGUUUUCUCGCAUGAGGUUCGGCUUCCCAAUCACGACAAAAGACGAAACGGCGGAGUCUCUCCACAAAUUUGUCCGGGAGAACUCCAUCGCAGAACGUGGAUUUGGCACCAUCAUCGGAACUACUCGCAAACUAAUGCUGGGCGCACCGCACCUUCCCAGCGAGCUGUGGGCUGAAGCAUACCAGACCGCCAUCUAUCUCAAGAAUCGCACACCAACUGAAGUCCUGGGCGGCAAAUCCCCACUCGAGGUAUGGGAGGGUAAGCCGCUAGGUAAUCUGCUGCACAUUCACGAAUGGGGUUCGAUGGCCUUCAAACACGAGGAAGCGCGUUUCCGUCCCAACAAGCUUGCGGCCAGGGCCAAGAAGAUGUAUCUGGUAGGCUGUAAUACCAAGGGGCGCGAUCCGUUUCCUGUGCCAAACACGACAAUCUACCAGCCUGGUAUGGAAGAAUCUAACGAAGAAGAAACUAACGACGAUGGCGAUGAAGAAGAAGACCAAAGUACUGCAGAGUCGACACCAUCUGUUCCAGAACCACGACGGAGCGCCAGGGCAUCUGCACCGCCGCAAAGGUUGAAUCUAUUUACGGUGACCUCGGAGGAGGAUGCUUAUCAGCAGGUGGAACAAGCUCGUCUGACAGGGGGUGUACUCGGAAACGUCGGGACAGGUAACCCUGGAGAAAUAGGUUACAGGUCUCCCGACCCGACCAACUACGACGACGCAACACGUGGACCAGAUGCUGACCACUGGAGGGAGAGUAUGCGCGAAGAAAAUCGUUCGCUCACGGAACUCGACGUAUACGAUUGGGUGAAACGGCCGGCGGACGGUGAUAUACUUCCGUCAAGAUACCUAUACAAACGGAAGUACGAAGCAGACGGAGAACUGGCUCGACUGAAGAGUCGUAUCGUGGUCCAAGGCUUCCAUCAAGAAGACACCGGAGAAGACAAGGCAUCAUCAGUGGCGACAUUGGAGGCGGUGCAUCUAGUAGUCGCCGUCGCUGCUCAGAAUGACUUUGUUCUAAAACAGGCUGACACCAAGACAGCGUUCCUACAUGCCAGGAUCCCCGCUAACGCAGACCCGAUUUAUGUUUGUCCUCCGAAAGGCUUCGAAUGCUCUCCAGCACAAGCACGGCCGGUGUGGCGACUAAAGGCAUGGCUCUACGGAUUGCGUCUCUCCCCGAAAGGCUGGUGCAGCACCUUCCACGACUUCCUGAUUGAAAAAGGGUUCGUACAGAGUAAAGCAGACUCCUGUCUCUACAUUCUCGAAGCGGAAGGAGUUAUCCUUCUCGUGUACGUUGACGACAUCCUGCUGUCGGGGAAGGACGAGGAGAAGGUCGUGAUGGUCGUUGAUCUGCUGAAGGAACGGUUCAACACGGUGUUCUUGGGGGAUGCUCAGCACCUGCUUGGUAUGAAGCUUGAGAGGAACGUCGACGCCGGUACCAUAUUCCUUUCUCAAGAGACGUACGCAAAGACCGUGCUCGAUCAGUUCGGAAUGGCCGAAUCGCGCCCGGUGAAGACACCGGCGGGACCUGGACCUAUCAGCAUCGAGGAGGAGAAAGUUUCAUCUCCAGAGGACACGACGUNCGUGUACGUUGACGACAUCCUGCUGUCGGGGAAGGACGAGGAGAAGGUCGUGAUGGUCAAGAUCAGACUGCUGAAGGAACGGUUCAACACGGCGUUCUUGGGGGAUGCUCAGCACCUGCUUGGUAUGAAACUUGAGAGGAACGUCGACGCCGGUACCAUAUUCCUUUCUCAAGAGACGUACGCAAAGACCGUGCUCGAUCAGUUCGGAAUGGCCGAAUCGCGCCCGGUGAAGACACCGGCGGGACCUGGACCUAUCAGCAUCGAGGAGGAGAAGGUUUCAUCUCCAGAGGACACGACGUACUACCGGUCCGCCACGGGUAGCCUUCUGUAUCUCAGCAGGGGCUCAAGACCAGACAUAACACACUCGGUGAUGGUGCUCGCGAAAAGUAUGGCGAAGCUAGGUCCCAGAGCGAUGACAAAGCUGAAGCGGGUACUCCGGUAUCUAAAAGGAACGACCUCUAUCGGAAUCACAUACACCGAAGACGCCGACGGCGGAGAUAAACUCACGGCGUACGUGGACUCUGAUUUUGCAGGUGACCAAGACAAUGGCUACUCCACAACCGGUGCCGUUCUCUAUCUCGCAGGUGCCCCAGUGGACUGGAUAUCCAAGAAGCAAACGGUGCUGGCCAUCUCAACGUUCGAGGCUGAAGCCGUUACCCUGUCCAAGGCGUGCACUAUUGUCAUCCAAUUUCGUAAUUUGCUGAAGUCGCUGGACAUGAAGCAGGAGCAGCCCACGGUAGUGUUUGAAGACAACGCAGGCGCUAUAGCGUUUGCUAAGGGCGCCAAACUCACGCCCCGUAACAAACAUAUCGACGUCAAGUAUCACCACACAAGUGCUUAG